AUGAUUUGUCCACUCUUUAUUUUAACACUAAUUUUCAGUAUCUUCUCACUUACUUCGGCGUCGUCUAGUACUGAUUGCACCAGUCGCCGCACUUUGGGGUAUGUGACUCCUUCACAUGGCGCAGUACCUGUUCCAAUAACCGCACAGGGACAGCCAGUUACAACAUAUAUACCGGCAGCGGUGGCACGUCGCGAAGAUGGCGCUGUCUCUGUUGUUAAGUAUCUAACAUCAUCAUUUAUUUGGUACUCGACAUAUAUCCCUGGUCCUUCCAACGGAAAACCGCAGUUUAUUUCCCGAGGUGACCAGAUUGUCACUCUCCCCCCAAAAGGGCCUCCAAAGUAUACCCUGCGUACUACUACGGUAACUACGAUUGGAACAAUACGUUUAGGGAAGAAGACAUAUAAUGUCAAGAGCGUACCUGCUAAAAUUGAAUACAAGGAAGAAGUUGGUCGAAGCUUUGGAGUUUGUAAGGCUGAAGAAUACCUCCGAUGGUCUCAGCAAAACGAUGAGCGUGCGUCCCAACUUGGUUCGCAAAAACUGAUUGACGAGGGUCGCAAUAUUGCUCGUCAAUUAGCGGUUGAUUAUAUCUCGUGCCUUGAUGGGGUAUGUACUACUGAAGUUCAAAACUGGUCUGUCGGCUACAGAUCUCAAGUCAAAAAGCUUGUAAUUGCGGCCCAGUUUUCCGGCCAAUGCGAUGGAAAGGAGCCAUAUGUAUGCGAGCUUCGCGCAAACAUCCGAGGACAUGGAAGAGUUACUAUCACUGCUAAGGUUCACACAUCUGGGCCGUGUACCACUUCUACUCAGAUUACGACUGCGGAAACGGUGACUAGAACAAUCACCAGAACGAGACCAGCUAAAACUAGAACUAGGACUUCGACUAUUCGAUCAAAAUCUGAAGAUAAUGACAGUCAGGUUACAAGUGCAAGCCGUUCAAACUCUUCAGCGGAAAGCUCUUCUUCCUUACCAGAAAGCACACGGAAUAACUCUCCAUCAAUAUCAAGGAGUUCCAAUCCUAUCUCUUCUAGGUCAACAUCAACCUCAGAGUCACAAGAUAUUUCCUCUAGCAGUGCUAGUACUUCCUCUUCUCCAUCCCAGGUAACAUCUAUCGAGUCUCCUAGUAGCUCUAGCUCGGAAUCUUUAUCUACACCCACAGAAACUCCGAAAACCGGAUCCAAUGCAUCUCCUUUCAGAAUUAGAAUCCGUUCUACUACGCCCACUAGACGUCUGACCCGUCGCCAAUCCGACAAAGUGUAUGUAGGGAUUAUCGAUAACACAAUGAUGGUAGCCAAGUCCGCUGCUGAAACUACUACCUUUUUUAUCUCUAAUAAACAACUAAGAAUAUCUAAUUCUGGCCGUGCGCUUGCGUUUGCGUCUUCUGAAGAUCUGGACGCUCGCGGCCCUAUCCUUGUUGCGAAUAAACCAUCCGGUCCUAGUACAACCUUUUCGAUAGAAAAGGGAUCGAAUCGCCUACUGUGGAUCAACAAGAGGUUCAAGAAAGGUACCGUAGAAUACUGUGUCGAUGAUGAUUAUGAUGUCAACGGUGUCUACUCUGGGGAGAUUGAUGGCUUGUGUGACGAAGUCGAAUUGAUAGUUGAAUUCACGAAUGAAUCUGCUGGCUCCAGUACUUCUGAUUCCUCUAAUCCUUCUGCUUCCUCAGACCCCCCUGCCCGUUCUACUAGCUCUGAGGUCUCGGAUAUCCCUGCGCGCUCUACUACAUCCGAUUCCUCAGGUAAUAAUACUUCAACCGAUACCUCUAAUCCCUCCACUACCUCUGUCUCUUCCAAAUCUUCUACCCGUUCCGGUACUUCCAGUCGUUCCAGUACUUCCAGUCGUUCCAGCACUUCCGGUCGUUCUACUACCUCCGGUCGUUCUAGUACUUCUGCUCGCUCCAAUACCUCCACUCGUUCCGGCACUUCUGCCAGUUCAAGUACUCCUGGUCGUUUAAGUACUUCUACUCGCCCCAGAUCUAGCACUUCUUCUCGCGCUAGCUCUAGCACUUCUACUCGUUCCAGUACUUCUGCUAGUUCCAGUACCUCUGCCCGUUCCAAUACCUCCACCAAUUCUGGCAUUUCUGCUACCUCAAGUACUUCUAGUCGUUCAAACGCCUCGACUCGCUCCAGGUCUAGCACUUCCGCUCGUUCUAGUACCUCUGUCCGUCCCAAUACCUCCACCCGUUCUGGCACUUCUGCUAGUUCUAGCAUUUCUGCUAGUUCAAGUACUUCUGGUCGUUCAAGCACUUCCACUCGCCCCAGAUCUAGCACUUCUGCUCGCUCCAGUUCUAGUACCUCAGUUCGCUCAAAUACUUCUGACCGGCCUGAUACUUCUGCCGCUUCUGGUACAUCGACUAGCUCUAGUACUUCUCGCAGGUCUCGGACUUCUACCCCAUCCAAAACUUCCAGAGCUGGUUCCAAUACUUCUACCGGGCCCGAUACUUCUGCGGAUUCUGAUACAUCUACCAUAUCUAGUACUUCUCGCCGGGCGAGUAGUACUUCCGUAGGUUCUAGCACAUCUGCUCGGCCCACUGCUUCUGCUUCUUCCAAUACUUCUUCCGGUCCUAGUAUAUCUUCCCGAUCUAGGACAUCUACUCGGCGCACCUCCAGCACUUCUGUUCGCUCCAGUAUAUCUGGUAACCCUAACCCUAGUAGCUCUUCCCAGCCUGAUACUUCUGCCGGUUCCAGUACAUCUGCUGGCGCUAGUACUCCUGUCCGGUCCAGCACCUCUGUAAGGUCUAGAACUUCUACUCGGUCCAAUUCUAGUACAUCUAGUAGCGCCGGCACUUCUCCUUCGUCCAGUAAUUCUGUCGGUUCUGGCACUUCUGCCGAUUCUAGCACUUCUGCCGGUUCCAGCACUUCUGCUCGCUCUAACACUUCUUCUCGCUCUCGCACUUCUUCUCGCUCUAGCAAUUCUUCUCGCUCUAGCUCUAGUACCUCUGCGGACUCUAGCUCUAGUGCUUCUACGGGCUCUAGCUCUAGUGCUUCUACACGGUCUACAACUUCUGCUCGCUCUAGUACGAGUACAUCCAGUCGCCUUAGCACUAGUAGCUCUGGUCCCAAUAAUUCUUCCGGGUCCCAGUCCAUUACUUCUACCCGCCGUAGCUCUAGUACUUCUGCUCGCUCUAGUACUAGUAACUCUGCUCCCCCCGAUACUUCUGCUCUCUCUAGUACUUCUGUCCGGUCCAGUUCUAGCACCUCUGCUCAGUCUACUACCACUACUCGCUCCAGUACUAGAAAAUCUACCCCUCCAAAUACAUCUGGCCUGUCGAGUACUUCUGCUCGCUCCAGUAGUAAUACAUCUAAUCGUUCUAGUACUACUGAUUCUGCCUCUUCCCCUAGCAAUUCUAACGCUUUGUCUAAUACAUCUGUCCGCUCUACUUCUUCUUCCACCCGGCCAGGCGCCUCCGCUUCCUCAAGUAAUUCUGUUUCCUCAACCUCUGCCCGUUCUACCACCCCCACAAGAUCUACUACUUCCCCCCGCUCUAGUACAUCUGUUCGUUCUACCACUUCAUCUCGAUCUAUUGAUUCUGCUUCAUCGGGCACUUCCGAUUCUUCAACAUCUGCCCGAUCUACUAGUUCUACCCGGCCUACUAGUUCAAUUCUAUCUACCACUUCCUCCCGAUCAACUAGUUCAAUCAGGUCUACUACUCCUACUCGGUUCACUAGUUCUACCCAGCCUACCGGUUCUACCCAGCCUACUAGUUCUACUCAGUCCAUUAGUUCUAGAUCUACCCGGUCUACUAGCUCAAUCAAGUCGACUAGUUCAAUCGGGUCUACUAGUUCAAACAAGCCGACUAGCUCAAUCAAGUCGACUAGUUCAAUCAAUUCGACUAGUUCAAUCAAGUCGACUAGUUCAAUCGAGUCUGCUAGUUCAAUCAAAGCUACUAGUUCAAUAGGGUCUACUACUUCUUCUAGUUCUAGUGCGUUCACUUCCUCAGAUACUCCAGUUGAUUCUUCAACGUCUGCCCAGCCCACUACCUCUACACGAAAUACUACUUCUUCUCGCUCUAGUACAUCCAUCCGAUCUAGUACUUCUACAACCUCUAGUGCCUCCGGUUCCCCAGGCGCUCCUAAUACUUCAACAUCUGCUCGGUCUACUACUUCUUCCCGCUCCAGUACAUCUAUUCGUUCGAGUACUUCUUCCCGUUCUAGUGCAUCUGUUUCUUCGGGUGCUUCGGAUUCUUCAACAUCUGCUCGGUCCACUACCCGGUCCACUGCUUCUGCCCAAACCACUACUUCUCCCCGCUCUAGCACACCUGUCCGUUCUAGUACUUCUUUACGCUCUACCACCUCUGCUUCCACAGGGUCUUCUAACUCUUCAUCAUCUAUCCGAUCUGCUACUUCUACUCAGUCUACUACUUCCACACGGGCUACUGCUUCCUCACGCUCGAGUACAUCUACCCGCUCGGGUAUAUCUGGUUCUUCGACAUCUAACCCAACCUCUAAAUCAGGCUCGUCAUCAGAAACAGCCACAUCCAGCCUAUCAUCAAGUUCACAACGCUCUGAAACAACAUCUUCUACAUCAAGGUCAAGCUCGUCGAAGACUUCCCAGUCAAGCUCGAAACCCACUACUGUCUCUUCUGGUGCUUCAAUAAUUUCGAGCACAAAAUCUACGAAACCAUCAUCGAGCACAGGAUCUACAAGGCCGUCAUCGAGCACAGGGUCUACGGGGCCGUCAUCGAGCGCAGGAACAAAAAGCUCGACUGCUAAUACCACAAGGAGACCUACCUCUUCUUCUUCUUCGCCUUCUUCAUCGUUGAUUCCGACUUCAUCUGCAGAGCGUCCUUCUGAUUCAAGCUCAUCUUCUAUCCCAAGCUCAACUAUUAGCACCGUAGCCACAUCAUCAUCCGCCCCCUCCUCAGUGGCCCCUAGUACCUCCGGCUCUGCUCCACAAUGUACCCCAAUUUUCUCUUCAAAAAAUCACAUUAAGAACCCUAGCUUCGAAUCCAACUUCGAUCAAUGGUCUACAUCAUCAAAAGGCGAGGAUCCGGAAUUCUCAAUCUCCGGAACACAUCCAAACAAGGGCAGCCAUUCUGUUUUAAUUGAACUCACAAAGGGCGGUAGCUCAGUAACCAUGACCCAACCCAUCAAAACUUGCCAAGGCCGCAAAUACACUGGUGCAGUUUGGCUAGACCUUGAUAUCGCCGGUGAUCAGACAAGUUGUUCGUUUUUCGUCACUGUUAACGGUGCCCCCAUUGCACAGCGAGCUGGUGCUGCAGGGAAUUACGCUGAAGUUCCUUUCAGGUUUACUGCAACCAGUGGAAAUACUAUCUUCGGGCUCAUGGCCAGCUGUAACGAUGGUGUCGAGAAGGCAAUUUUCCACAUUGACGACGUCAAGGUAGUGGACGGAGCGUCUGCGAAUCGGUAG